AUGGCGGUUGUUAAGAAUGACAUGGAUCGGAUCAAGGGUCCAUGGAGUCCUGAAGAAGACGACCUCUUACAGACGCUUGUUCAAAAACUCGGUGCUCGGAACUGGUCGCUCAUCAGCAAGUCGAUUCCUGGUCGUUCUGGUAAAUCCUGCCGCCUACGGUGGUGCAACCAGCUGUCGCCGCAGGUGGAGCACCGACCGUUUACGCCGGAGGAGGAUGAGACAAUCGUGAGGGCUCACGCGCGGUUCGGGAACAAGUGGGCCACCAUAGCACGGUUGCUCAACGGCCGGACAGAUAACGCCAUAAAAAACCACUGGAAUUCAACGCUCAAGCGUAAGUGUUCAUCAAUGUGUAACGAUGAUUUUUCGUUCCUCGAUGGGCAAGAUCUGGUGAAUUAUCAACCGCCAUUAAAGCGGUCUGCUAGCCUCGGACCGGAUAGUGGUUGCUCGGGUUUGUUUCUGAACCCUAACAGCCCGACCGGGUCUGACGACUUUAGGCAUUCGAUUCAUCGUCCUCUGAACGAUGGUCUGGUUCUGAAUGAUCCACCGACUUCGUUAAGCUUGUCCUUACCUGGAUCUGAACUGAAACAAAAGUUCCUAGAGGAAACUCCGGCACCGCUACCGCCACAGGCGACGGCGCUGCAAAGUGGUGGUCCGAACUAUGAGUUCUUCAACCCGGAAUUAAUGGCGGUGAUGCAGGAAAUGAUAAAAGACGAAGUGAGGCAUUACAUGUCUGGGAUGGAGAAAAAGGGGAAGUGCCAGAAAGCUGAUGGUGUUAUCGGCAAUGCUUUGAUUAAUCGUAUGGGUGUGAACAGAAUCGAGUAG